UGCCAAGAGGAUGAGUAUCUUUUGCAGUUCCGUCACAAAGUCUUCUCAAUCCUAAUAAAUCCAUAGGGAACCCUGCAAGAAUCUCUAGUAGAGGAGUGUGUGAAGUUAUGGAAACCCAUGAACAGCACAACCUGAAAGCAAGAAAAGGGAUACCAGAAUCACGACAACACUCACCAACAUCCGCUACUAUAUUCUCCUCCUCCUCGUCGCCGCCGCCGCCGCCUUCUUCCUCACCUUCAUCAUCUCCGGAGUUCUCCUUUGCCAUCUCUCUAAACCCUUCCUCGACCACGAUCCCCAGUGAAGCCUCAGUGGCAGUCGACUUGUCGCCAGCAGAUGACAUCUUCUUCCAUGGACACUUGCUUCCUCUUCAACUCCUCUCUCCACUUACCUCACCGCCACGCCCCGCGAGCCAUUUCAACCGUUCGGAUUACCCCGUCACCGAAUUUGAUGAUCGGAGCACCGUCGGCGGUAGCAAUACUUCCAGCGGCAGCGAGAGCACGGUCGACGGCGAGAAAACUCAGUGGACCAAGAUUAAAGGCGUGAUGCAGAGGAGGAAGAGAUUCUUAUCCUUCUUCUCAUUCGAAUCGUUGAGGUCGGCGAAAGGACAUAAAUCUGGAGAAGGUAGAGAAUGCAAGGAGAAGAGAAAGAGAUGGUUAAAGCUUGAUCAUCUCAGGAAGGCUUUGAAGAGGUAUUCCAGAAUGACCGAUUCGCUAUUUUCUGGAGAGAGCAAAGAAGAUAUCGAGUUCGGACUGGAGCCUAACUCAUUUUCAGGGAGUUCAAGCUUCACGGAUAAGCAAGCAAGUUUCUCUGUCCCGGUAUCGAUGAUGGCAUCCCCAGAAAAUUAUGGCCUUCGUCUUGUUGCGAAGACGGAAACUGACCGGAGCACCAUGGAGGAGUUGCAGGCGGCGAUUCAGGCUGCAAUUGCUCAUUGCAAGAGCUCCAUGGCCCUGGAAGAAAAGCACAACACCUGAUAUUGUGCUUCGCAAUGUCAAAAGCCGCCGCUUUGAGCUCGACAAAGUUCACCCCUUCGGUCUUUUUGGAAGCAGGCCAUUCAUGUUCAAAUUCGGAGAUUCGUAACGGAUUGCUUCCCCUCGUGCUUUGGUCUUAAACAGGUCAUGUCUAUAUUUGUGAAUCUUGAGGUGAAUAGCCGUGGCAGCAUAUAUGAUGGGCUAACGCCUCGGCGUUCCGAAGCCGAUUCCUAAUUUGUACUUGUUUUAAUCCAUUUCCUUACGGUGUAAUUCAAGCAAGUUUGAGAUUCAAGAUC